AUGGAUUCUGUCUUUAUAUCUGCUGGAUGCACAGGAAAGCCGAAGGUUUCCACUGCAUUUGGAGAUAAAAUGGCCUAUGGAUCCAGGUCGAACGUUGUUAUAGCUGAUGAAGAAAAGGUCCUUUCUGUGAUCUACAUGGACAACGAUGUGAAUGCAAUUGAAUAUGGAUAUGGCAUGAUAGCUGUAGGAGAUAUUAACGGAGGAGGAUAUAUAGUAAGGGAUGGGGAGAUUAGAAGGUGUAACCUUGAAGGGUGUGUUGAGGCAGUAGGGCUUAUGAAUGAAUUAUGGGCUAUGUUCUGCACAAUAGAUACAGUUUCCGUGUACGACAUAGCUGGAAACACCAUCAAGAAAGAGACAAGGAUUGAAUGGGUUCCUACAUGCUUGACAACGAUAUGCAGCAGAACGUUUGCUGGAAGUAGGAAGGGGAGUAUUUUUGUGCUAGAUGAAAUUGAAGAUGAUAUAAAAUGGCAUGAGGUUGAGGGUCAUAAGGACAGUAUUCAAGAUAUAAAGUCUACUUUAAUAGAUGGAGAGGCGUAUGUUGCUACAUCUUCACAGGAUGAAACAAUAAAGAUAUGGAGGGUUACCGAUGAAUGGCCAUGGAUUAAACAUAUCCAAACGCUCAAUGGCCAUACCGAUUGGGUUUAUGGGGUGUUCUGGACAGGAAAGGGAGAUCUUCUUAGUUCAUCCGCAGACAAAUCUAUAAUCUACUGGGAAAGGAGGUCUAAGUGGGAGGAUGUGAUGAGGCUUGGUGGACAGGAAAUCUUUUUCAAUGUGCUGAUGGUUAAAAGCCUGAUUAUAGGACAGUCCCGCUCUGGAGGAUUCUAUAAAUUCACAGACACGCUUGAAAGUUUUAUCUCUGGGCAUUUAGAUGGAGUGAAGUCCAUAGACUGGAGAGGGGAGUUUCUGCUUACAUCUUCACUUGAUAUGACAUCUAGGAUGUUUUACAAGGGAUAUGAGGUGGGAAGGCCUCAAAAACACGGGUAUGGGCUAACUUCUGCAAGAUUUCUAAACGAUGAUAGCCUGCGGUUUGUAAGCUCUGCACAAGAGACGAUUUUAAGGAUCUAUGAGCCCACACAGGUUUUCUAUAUGUCAUGCAUAUAUGUGGAAACCAGAAGAAAAGACGUGGUUGAGUCUCUCAGGGAGAUGAAUAUUUCCAGGAAUGGAAGAUCUCUGGAUGAUUUCUUUCCUGAUAUCAACAGUUUGAAGUUUGCAGCUGUAUGUGCAGAGCUGUCUCUGACAAAUGAGGUUUUGGAGGACCUUGAAUUUGAGUCACUCAACGAGGAGCUACUGUCUGUAACGACUUUUAACGAGAUAAGAAAAGUUUAUGGGCAUUACUUCGAUGUGUCUGAUGUAGCGGUAUCGAAGGACUUUGCUGUUUCUUGUAACAAGUCGUCGUUGAAGAAGUUUUCGGGAAUCUUUGUAUGGAACCGAGAGUUUGAGCUGAUAGAUUACAUAGAAGUACAUGAUUAUGGAAUAGAAAGAUUAGUGUUUUCACGUGACGGGAGGUACUUGGCAGCAGCCUCCAAAGACAAGACUGUGUCUGUUUACGAUGUUGGGAAGAGCAUAAGGUUUUCAAGAAGGCUAGAAGGUCAUAGAAGAAUUGUGUGGGAUUGCAGUUUCAGCCACGAUUCUCGGUAUCUCGCCACAUGUUCUCGAGACAGGAGUGUGCUUGUUUAUGAGGCACCGGAGUUCAGAGUGAAGUAUGUGUCUAAAUUUGAUUGUGAAGCCACUUCCUUGUGCUUUUCACCGAGAGAAUAUCUUCUGGCUAUAGGGCUUGAGUCUGGCGAUGUGUUAAUAGCAAAGCUUGGGGGGGCAGAGAUUAAGAUCAAGAGGAGAAGUAAGGAGCACAGCAAACGUGUGAAUGUGAUAUCCUUUAACGAAGAUGGAAGUGGAUAUGCCACCGGUGGCGGUGAUGGGAUGGUUAAGAUGUUCUUGGUAUAA